GGGUAUUGGGAGGUAGGUCCACAGAAACUAUGCGAUUUAUAUGCCUUUCUAUGAUGCAGUUUUCGUUACCUGUGCGGUUGGGGGGCAAAUGCUGAACUGUUACAUACCAUAGCAUACCGAUUGCUUCCGCGAGGCCUGCGAAGCAUUACUGGACCAGGUCUUGAUUACAGCAAAUCUUAUGGAUAAAGAUGAGCCAGCUACCGCCAAGAGUGUGGAUGCUAUUCCCGCAUCAACAGCUGCAGACAGUGCGACGCACGAUCAGCACGAAAAACAACGACAACGACAUGUAAAGCUAGUCGACGUUGGAAUCGGAUGCGGUGACCAGACACUCUACUUGACAAGAAAACUCUCCAGGCCUGCAAGCACACCCGCCAGGGAACUCGGGGGUAAUUCUGACGACAAUCCACUUUUCGACUCAUACAUUGGAAUCACGAUCGCGGAGACUCAAGCAGACUUUGCUCGAGAGAGACUUCUCAAGACGACAUUGGCCGAUGACCAUCCCAGCCCAGUACCAGAUGUAAAGAUCUUUGCCGCGGAUGCGGCGGACCCUCUAUCCUGGGGAUCUGACCUUACACAAGCCGUCUUGGAAAAUAGCAGCAGCACCCCAGGGGAAGAAAAGACAGAAUUUGCUCAAACCAGCCCAGCGAAAGACGAGGAGCAUCAAACAUGGCUCUUAGCACUCGACACGCUAUACCACUUCAAACCCUCCCGCAAAUCACUACUAAAAUUCGCCCGUCAAGACAUGAGAGCAUCAUUCAUGGCAUUCGACCUCCUCAUGUCCGACCGCGCAUCUCUCCGGGACAGGCUGAUCCUGCGGUCAAUGUGUCUCGUGACGGGGAUCCCCUACUCGAAUUUCAUGACCAGGAAGGAAUACGAGGACAUGCUGGUUGAGGCUGGGUAUGAGCGUGACAUGGUCGACAUGAGAGACAUCUCGGAGCAUGUUUUCGCCGGUAUUGCGCGCGAUAUAUGGAAGAAGGACGAGGUUAUGAAAAUAUAUGGGAUGAGUAUGGGGAUGGGGAAGUUUCGCGGCGCGGCGAAGGUGUUCAAUUGGUGGGCUAGGAGUGGAGUUGUAAGAGGGUUUGUGGUGGUUGCGCGACGGGGGAAUUCUUGAUGGGAUCAUACCAUGUAGAUAUUGGGCUGGGUAUGGCUGAC